CUCCAAAAGCUUAAAGAAAAACCCACACACACAGAGCCGUCACAAACCCUAGACCAUCCCCAAUUCAGAAUGCCGGCGGAGUCGCGAUUCAGGUUGGUGAGGCCGUUCGACAUCGCCGAGGCCUUUGCUCAGAGGCCAACCGGCGGUGUCGGAAUUCUUAUCGAAGAGCGUCCGGAGCCGACGAGGCUAAGGGCGGCGGCGGUGGCAACUCCGGUGACUCAGAGGCCGCUAGGGAUUUGGGCGAGGACGGGUGGUGGAGUGGCACCGAGCAGUUUGAGGACUCCGGGAACCGGACGAGGUGCGUUUGGGAUGAUGACUCCCGGAAGAGAGAAUACGCCACCGGUCGGAGGGUCUAGCAGGAGAAGGGGACAGAGAUCGAACAGUGUGUUACCUUCUUGGUACCCUAGAACCCCUCUCCGUGAUAUAACUGCAAUUACUAGGGCCAUUGAGAGGAGAAGAGCUCGCUUGGAUGAGGAGAAUGGCAAAACUGUAGAGGGUCAAGUUCCAUCUCUACAAUUUCAGGAUGCUCCUCCUGAGCAUCAAGUUCUUUCUGUCACUCCUUCAACCAUUAAGAAGAGACCUUGCGCACCUCCUUCAGUUCUUAAAGUGCACAAAAUUCUGCUAGAGGUGGCCAAUCAGCCUGAUGAGGGAGAGUUUGUUACACCACAGAAGAAGCUGCUGAACUCGAUUGAUAAAGUUGAGAAGGUGGUGAUGGAAGAACUUCAGAGGCUGAAGAGGACCCCAAGUGCUAAGAAGGCAGAGAGGGAAAGAAAGGUUCGGACUUUGAUGUCAAUGCGUUGAGGAGAAAAGGAGUUUGGAGAAAGAAGACCCUCUACAGUAAAAGUUAUCACCUUCUGGUGAUACAUUUUCUACCUAUGCAGUGAUAACCACAAUCACCUUCUGGUGAUAAUGUGCAGUGAAGCUAUCACCUUCUGGUGAUAAUGCACAGUGAAAUUAUCACCUUCUGGUG